UAAUCAUCCACUUUCCUUGUAUUCUUUAUAUUUUUCCCAUCAUCUUACCAUUCCUACACUAAUUACAAUUACAAAAGAAAAUAUAAAUUGUUGGACAAGAUAUUUUUAAUAUAUAUGAUUAUAUGAGGAGAGAAUUUCAAGUGUUUGUCAACAAAGAAUUUCUUGUCAAGAAUUAGCAAGAGGAAAUGGAGAGCCAAGUGGAAGGUAACAGAUCAAGGGUGACAACGGUCGAUUCUUUGGAUCAAUGGGAAUUUCUUGUCAACAAAGCCAAAAACUUGGCUUGCCCUAUUGUAGUUCACUUUGGUGCUUCAUGGUGUAUCCCAUCAGUUGUUAUGAAUCCACUUUUUCAGGAAUUGGCCUUUACUUACUCUGAUGUUAUGUUUCUCACUGUUGAUGUUGAUGAUGUCAAGAAAGUUGCUUCAAAGAUGGAAGUGACGGCUAUGCCAACAUUUCUUCUGAUGAAGGAUGGCAUUCCAGUUGAUAAGCUGGUUGGAGCGAACCCAGAUGAGAUAAGGAGAAGGGUAGAAAGUUUUAUUCAGUCCAAUAAUGGAGCAUACAUGGCCUAGUUGUGUUGUGCAGUCAGAAGUGUGCCAUCAUAUACAAAAUACAUAGCACAUAAAGUUGAUGCUUUUUGUUACAGAAAAGAGAACGUAUCUUGUUUCUGGUGCAAGACUGGUUGUCAAGUGUAAACAAUGGCAUUAAUAAUGUGUGUAUGAAAUAUGAACUGUAAAUUGUUCAUGUAUUUA